AUGCACAUAGGUUGGGUUUCAUUUUUUUUGGCCUUAUUUGCCUUGGCUUAUGCUGACGUUUCUCAUUUGGGCUACGACUACCAAGCUCCCAGCUCAAUGGCCUUUGAGUUGCCACAACUCAACAACAACUAUUUGCCUCCAGUGGCUGCUAAAACUGAACCUUUACCCGUUAAAAUGUAUUUGCCUCCCGCACCAGUGGCUGCUCCUAAGAAAACCUACAUACCACCUGUAGUUGUAAAGACUGAACCAGUACCCGUAACUAUGUAUUUACCACCCGCUCCAAUAAUGCCGCCUAAGAAUACCUAUAUUCCUCCCAAACCCCACAAUGACUACUUGCCUCCAGUUCCACCCAAGAAAAUUUAUUUGCCUACAGCUCCUGCCAAACCUGUUCAAUUACCGACCGUUCCUACAAAAGCCUACUUGCCACCAGCUCCUGUAGCACCUCAGCAUACAUUCCAAAACUCUUAUCUCCCACCAGCUGAAGAAAGUGCUCCUGCAAAACGUAUUAUCACACCACCUGCACCCCGUCUUGAAGAUUUAGUUCCACCACAACCUCCUCAAAGACAUUAUGAAGAUUCUGAAGUAUUUACCGAAGAUGGUUACAAGACUGUUCGUAAACAUAAAUAUUAG